CUUUACUAAAAACUGGUGUCAAUAGUGACAAAGGCCGGAUUUCUCUGAGCAGAUGGGUUGAAUCAGCAUGCGUCCAUUCGAGGAUCGGAGGAGAAGGAGGACAACCCCCCACGACAACAACACUUCAUUCGAAGGACUAACUACUCACAGUAGAGCCUAAAAGAUAACUUUCAGCGAAGCCGCAAUGUUUUUCACAUCAUACGCCAAAUCUGAUAUCCCGGCGGGUAAUGCUGAGAAAGGGAAGAAGGUGUUCGUACAACGUUGUGCUCAGUGCCACACAACAGAGAAGGGUGGCUCGCACAAAACUGGACCCAACCUUCACGGCAUUUUUGGCCGAAAGACCGGUCAGGCACCCGGCUUCUCGUACACCGAUGCCAAUAAGGCGAAGGGGAUUACGUGGAACGAAGACACACUGUUUGAAUAUUUGCUAGAUCCUAAAAAAUAUAUUCCUGGCACGAAGAUGGUCUUUGCUGGACUGAAGAAACCUCAAGACCGCGCCGACCUGAUCGCCUAUCUGAAAAAGGCCACUAAGUAGAUGGGCGAAUUGGCUUGCAUGGCACAUACGUAGUUACCGCUACCUGGCCAAAGCAAAAUAAAUCUUACCAGAUAGCUUCAUAAGACAUAAUGCUUGCUCAUUCAAGUUAAAACAAUCAGAUAAUGUUUUAGAAAAAGAUUCGUCUAUUGUCUCGCCAGCUACAACUGAUAUUAUUCCACAACCCGGAUAGCCGACUAGGAUACAAUACUAAAUAUAUUCAUAAUACUGCCAUUCAUCUCUGUCGGGCGAUAGGGCCGACUGACACUGUAGAUUGUCUAGCAUUCCUACUCCAUCUUCGUUAUCUAUUAUAUGAUUAGCAAUCAAACAAAACACGCAUUAUGCAGAAACACCAAGGAUCCUCAUAAAAAGGCCUUGAUCCUAAUGGAAUCUUUACACGUUGGUGUAGAAGAGGUAUGAUUGACGUAUCAAAAACAAUAAAACCUAGCCCAUACAAGUUUUGCACAUCUAAAGGAUGUAUCUUAAGUUAGUCAGUGCAAUUCUUGAGAUUUUCAACUUCAUAUAUGCAGAGCUAGAAAUGUUUCGAAUUUCAUAGCAGAGGUGGGCCGCCUUCUUCCAAAUAAGCUAUUGCGUAUAUUCAUAAGUCUUCAUAUGAGAGAAUAUAUAUUUAUACCGCAAUUGUGGCGGGAUUAUACGUAUGACGCGUGAACACAAAUGAAGUAAGAAACAAUUCUACGGAACUGCGUAAUGGAAUAUAACUACCGAUUCAUGGAAAAAUCAUUCCUUAAAAAUGUACCCAGAUU